AUCUGUCACUCAUCCUCAUCCUCUGAACUCAAAGCAUCAACAAUGGCAGCCAUGGCCACCUCCACCCUCACCUCCAAGCCCCAAACCCGAUUCCUUCACCACUCCUUCAAUGGCAUUCCUCUCCUCUGUCGCGUCCCCAGAUCCCUCUCCUACUCUCCCUACUCUCCAAACCUCUCCAUCUCUGCCUCUGCUUCAUCAGACUUGAACUCUUUCCGCUUUGAACCGAUCAAGGAAUCCAUCGUCGCCCGGGAGAUGACUCGUCGGUACAUGACCGACAUGAUCAGCCACGCCGACACCGACGUGGUCAUCGUCGGGGCCGGCUCCGCUGGCCUCUCCUGCGCUUACGAGCUCAGCAAGGACCCCUCCGUCCGGGUCGCUAUUGUAGAACAAUCUGUCUCUCCCGGCGGUGGUGCCUGGCUUGGCGGUCAGCUCUUCUCCGCCAUGAUCGUCCGCAAGCCCGCCCACCUCUUCCUCGAUGAGCUUCAAAUCCCGUAUGACGAACAGGAGAACUACGUCGUCAUCAAGCACGCCGCUCUCUUCACCUCUACGAUCCUUAGCCAGAUCCUCGCCCGUCCCAAUGUUAAGCUUUUCAACGCCGUUGCAGCGGAGGAUUUGAUCGUCAAAGAAGGGAGAGUUGCUGGCGUGGUGACGAACUGGGCACUAGUGUCUAUGAACCAUGACAUGCAAUCUUGCAUGGAUCCUAACGUCAUGGAAGCCAAGGUUGUGGUGAGCUCUUGCGGGCAUGACGGACCAUUCGGUGCGACUGGUGUCAAAAGACUGAAGAGCAUCGGAAUGAUUGAUUCUGUCCCUGGGAUGAAGGCUCUUGACAUGAACACGGCCGAGGACGCCAUUGUUAGGCUCACCAGAGAGAUCGUUCCUGGUAUGAUUGUCACUGGGAUGGAGGUUGCUGAGAUCGAUGGUGCUCCAAGAAUGGGUCCGACGUUUGGAGCGAUGAUGAUAUCGGGGAAGAAGGCGGCACAAUUGGCUUUGAAGGCGCUGGGGAGGCCGAAUGCUAUCGAUGGAACGUUGCCGGCCGAGCCUGUGCACCCGGAGCUCAUAUUGGCGGCGGAUGACGCUGAGGUUGCCGAGGGUUAGAAUGGAUUAGUUGCUAAGAGUCUUGGAAAAAUGUUGAGAUUUAAUAAAGUUGUGUUUUUAUAUGUCUUUGACGUUUUUU